AUGUCAAUUAAAAUCGAUCAUAUUAUCAAAUCUAGUAAAGAACUUUAUCCACAGAUAAUUGAAGAAUUAUCUAGCCAAUUCAAGAAGAAAUAUGAUAAGAAUACCAAGACAUUUGAACAAUUGAAUACUUGGAAAGAAGAUGAAUUGACAAACACAUUAUUGAAACGAUACCAACAAACUGGAACCACUUGGAUAACAAAAGACGAAUUGGUCAAUCUACUUGAUUGGAAACUAGCCAAGGGGAAAUUCAGACCAAUGUUACCCAAACUAAUUAAAUCUAAUGAUAGUCUAGUUGUGGAAGAAACAACGAAACAAGGAUAUCAAUUUUUGUUAGAUUAUUUCAAAUUACAUAGUAAUAGUAAAAAACAACUGCAAUCUUUGGAUAAAUUUUGGGGUGAAGCUAAAGAUGAAGAUAAAAUAGAAUAUUCGGAAACGAUAAAGAAAAGUUUUGAGAAGUUUAGUUUAUUAAAAGGAGUUGGUCCAGCUAUGGCAAGUCUUUUAGGUAGUCUUGUAAUCAAGAUAAAUCCAUAUUUGACACCACCAUUUUUCAGUGAAGAAAGUUUCCUAUUUUAUUAUUUGGAAUCAUUUGGAUCAGGUGAGAAAGUAAAAUAUAAUAUGAAAGAAUACAUUGAAGAGUUGUUACCGGUUUAUUUUGAAAUUAUAACUCAACAUCCAGAAGUAACUAUGGAUACAUUGGAAAGGGGAGGCUGGGCUUUAAAGGCAUAUCAAAUUCAAAAUGAUGACAAGCUAGCCAAUAUUGAAACUGAAUAUACCGAUGAAGAUACUGAUAGGUUGAAAUUAGAACAUAAACCAGACUUGAAAUUAAUUGCUUCAGCACCAAGAAGAAAGAAACAAAAAAAGUGA